GGCAGAUUUUUAUUGGCUGUUGGCUAACUGGCUUCUUAUUGGUCUAAAAUAUAAAUUAAGCGGUAAUUUGUUAUUUUGACACGGAAAUUUACAGGCAGUUUAAUUGAACGUACUUUACCAUAAUAUAAUCACGUGUUAAUUUUAUGGGUGUGAGUGUAGUGUGAUGAUUCACAGGCUAUUUGGAUGCAUUAGUGGUACAUAAAGGUACAUUAAGAUAUCUGAAAUUGUAUAUUAAGUCAAUAUAAAUCAACAGUACAUAUAUUGAUACAUUUAUUUUAAGUCUAAAAUAGGAUAUGUGCAUUUUUGCCUACUAGACGAACAUGACUCAUUGAGAUGUCUGAGAAUGUUAAGUAAGUGAAUAUGAGACAACGGUAAUUUUGAUACACAUAUUUUAAGUGUGAAAUAGGAUGUGUGCAUUUUCGCUUACUAGAAGAAUGUGAUUCAACCGCAAUUUCUAGACACUUAAUGAGUAUUUAAUUAGCACACCUUUUAAGUUGUCAGUUCAGUGGCCUGUCAUAUGUGCUUUACAGGUAAGUAUAAAUCAGCUAAAUUUACUAGGUCACAACAGUGGUAUAUAAGCACUGAAAUAUAUACUAUAGUUCAUUUACUUGAAAUCAUUGUGUUGUGUUCGUUAGGAAACCACUAAAUGAUGUUGUCAAAUACUCCUACUGCCUCUACUUCACGUAAUGUGUCAUCUCUAUUGUGUGAUGUAACAGCUACAUUCGGAAGAAUAAUGCUCUGCUGCGUAUUUUAUACGUGGGUACAGUUUAAGGAAGCUUUUAACGAUUUUAUGAAGGUACUAACUAAGUUGUUCAUUAUUUAUUUGAAAGGAAUCCAACACAUCUUAUCGGGUUGAUUCAAGUAAAAAGGAUUCAUCCGAUCCUAUGGAAUAUAAGUUUGUGAGAUUUAAAUGCACUUUUGGAUGUAUACGUGCUCCCCGAGGGGCUGGCUUUAGGAACAGAGGGUAAGUCGACUGUGCUUGUAAAUUUUGAAAAUUUUAAGGUUCAAAAGUACUUCAUGUGAGUCAACAAUUAUGGUACGGCGUACAUCCGACGGAUACAAAAUAACAAAUUACCAAACUGUGCAUAACCAUCCAUGCACAGCAAGUUUCAUGUCCACCGAUGUAUCUAGACGUCGGCUAUCAUCUGAAGAAAUGACAGUUGUACAACCGUUCAUUGAAAGGAACACUGAUGUCCAUGAAGUCAUGGAUUUUGCGCAUGAGAAAUUCAGCAAAGUGCUCCUGUAUAAUGAUAUUAAAAACAUGCGAGCUAUGAUGAAUAAACGUAAGUCGUAUCAAAAUAAAUGGGACAGUAGAGUAGAAAUCGGUAGUUUAGAAGACCUUCUUCAUCGACUGAGGCAGACAGGUCCAGUUAGUGUUCUGCAGGACAAUGCAGACUUUGUAUCGAAAAUUAUUUUCGCGCGUAAUGAUAUGAUAGACCUCUAUCAUAAGUUUCCAGAAGUAGUUGGAAUUGAUUCUACCUAUAAAACGAAUAAGAUGGGAUGGCCUUUAUAUCAGUUUGUUGUGACUGAUGGAUUCGGAAGAGGAAGGACUGUUUUGUUUGCUGUUACUAGGAGGGAACGGUUUGCAGAUAUGAAGGAGAUAUUGCAAACGUUUAAGGGAUUUAUGGGUGAUAUAUCGAAAACACAAACAUUCACUGUCGACUGUGCAACUGCACAGAUCAAAGCUAUAAAGGAGGAAUUCCCCAGGUGCAGCAUUAUUUUAUGUCUUUUCCAUGUAUGCCAGGCAUUCAGAAGGAGGUUCCCAAAUCAACGUGUUAAAAAAUGGUUGUAUCGAAUGGCGCACACGCGCAGUUAUGACAGGUUUUGGAAUUACCUCAACCUCAUAAGUAUUAUAGACGCCGAGGCUGGUGCUUACGUUAGAAGGUACUGGCUAAGGACACGGAAAUAUUGGGCCGCAUCAUGCAACCGGUUCACCAUCAGUAUGGGGAACAAUACUAACAACAGAGUGGAGAACGCUCAUAGGCAGUUGAAAAGGUAUUUACGUAAAGGUGAUCCGCUGGAACUGACACUAUGGAAAAUAUGGAGGUGGAUUGACCACACAACCAUACGUAAAAUACAUCAAGGCCAGUGGAUGCUUCGUAAAUACUACAAUUACGAUGUAAGUUUCAAGAUAAUUUACGAUUUCUCCUAGGUGCAAACUUCACUGCAGUCUAAAUUACGGUGUCUCACUCCGUUUGCUGCCCAGAAAGUUGUCUUAGACUUGCAAAGGCGCAUGUUCUUCUUUCU